AUGAUCACCAACAAUCUUCCUGCCUAUGUGACUCCUGUAGAAAUAUCUAGGGGUCAAGCAAUUGCAGAGCAGGUUACUGAAAUUAUGAAUGAUAAUUUCAUAGUAAAUAAUGGAGAUAUGACAUUAUGCACUGAACCUAACAAACAAGAUCUUUAUGAAGAGUGGAAGGGAAAUGACAAUGCAGCUAUUUUAGACAGCUGUUCCUCCUUAGAAAAGCCCCCUGGACAAUCAUUACAAGAAAGUAGUUGUGAGGAAUUCAGAAACAAAACUCAAAAGAGGAAUUUUGCGUUUUCACCCUUACCUGCCAACAAUAAGUUCACAGAUACAGUUCAUGGACUUGGUUCUAAUAAUGCUAUAGAUGAAAAAUGUGAUACUAAAAGUACUGGAAAUCAGCCACGUUUAGAAGAAGAAAGAACUAAUUGUGUAAUCCCCAAAAGAAAUAAACCAGAAUGUAGCAACACAGUUACAACUACAAAGAAUCAUUUUCUGGCAGCUGAAAGAAGUUUCGAUGUUAUUAGUGAUAGUGAAGACUCAAGUGAUGAAGAUAAUGGCAUUGUUGACUUGGACACAAAUUGUCAAGAGGCAAAAAUCAAUGAUAAUCAGUAUGGAAAUAAGAAGCAAUCGGUUGUCAUGAGAAGAACUAAUACACCUCAGACAUUGGUGGGUAGUGAAAUAUUGCUGGAGAAGUGGCUGCCCGUCUUGAAUGGGAGAAAACUCUGCUUCAAAGGAGUCAGGUCUAUGGGAAGCACGUACAUUGAUCACACAACAGCUUCAGUAAAAUCAAGACUCAAAAGUGAUACUGUGACACUUGUUGAUGGCAAUACCUGCAAGCUCAUAGGACAGUUUCAUGAUGUACAUAAUUGCAAGGAUGUCUACAGUUUUGUAUCUCAGUUUUAA